AUGAGAAAAUAUAACCACACUAAAAAGCCCUUUGUUGAAACGUGCAACUUCAAACAGGAAGCGUAUGCUAGAAAUAACGGAGGGACAAGUUCUUCCGAGCGGUUGGGGGAAGAUGAUUCAGGAAAACAUGAUGAAAAGGACCUGUACUACCUUCCAAGUGAGGUUGCCAUUCAUAAUACCCCAGAGGACUGUUGGGUAUCCUAUUUGUACGUCGUCUACGACCUCACUGAACUCUGCAAAACCUGGCGAGAUACGCGAGAGAUAUGUCCUGUAAUCGCACACGCUGGCAAAGACAUAAGCCACUGGUUCGAUCAUUCACGAGGGGAUAUUAAAUACCACGUGCACCGAGUGACCGGUGCGUUAGUGCCGUUUUGUCCCCAUGGACCGAUACCGCAUGUAGGUACCACCUCGCCUACCUCCAGUUGGCGUCCAGUUGAGAGGUGUCCCUGGUGGCUCGAUGAUAAGUACAAAAAAGGAAGAUUGACAAAAAAUCCACGACCAUGCAGGAUCAUCAAUACCUUAACUGGAUGUAGAACGAUAAUAUCGGUCUGUGAGGAAGAUACAAUAAGACGAAUACAGGAGAGAUUUUUGUCAUUCAAUGCGAAUGGAAGGAAUUACGACUGGAAAUUCGAGGGCAAAGAUAUAGACAUGAAUAAAACCCUGACGGAGAACGGUAUUCCAGACGAGCGUGAGCGUUACACAGAGUGCGGUCUACCCUCCAACAUCUACGUCCCCAGUCUCCUCUGUUACUACCGAGAUGAACCAACCCGCGGUAACGAUGAUUAG